UUUGACAGUUCCGUCAAAUCAGAUUUUGUUUGCAAGCCGCUUUCGUGGAACCGAUCCGGAAUUUGAAUUUUCGUGAAAAUCACCUGCAAAAUCGAAUCGCUCGCUGUGAAAUAAUAUCGUGAACGUUAGCUUACAAGCUUUACAUAGUUUUUGAUUGCAGGCAGGACUGUCCCAGCAAGCAGCGGAACAUGGCGGCCCAAAUUGCGGGUGUUUUCGAACCGGAGCUCCAGGAGAAGAUUUCCAAUGCUAAGAUUUUGGUCGUCGGAGCCGGUGGAAUUGGAUGCGAGAUUUUGAAGAAUCUGGUUCUUUCCGGUUUCCAGGACAUCGAAAUAAUUGACUUGGACACCAUCGAUGUGAGCAACUUGAACCGUCAAUUUUUGUUCCACAAGGAACAUGUCGGCAAGUCUAAGGCCAAUGUUGCUCGCGAGAGCGCCCUUAGCUUCAACCCAAAUGCCAAGAUUAAGGCCUAUCAUGACAGUAUUACAACCUCCAACUACGGAGUCAACUUCUUCCAGCAGUUUAAAUUGGUGCUGAAUGCGCUCGAUAACCGGGCGGCUCGCAAUCACGUCAAUCGGCUUUGUUUGACGGCGGAUGUUCCGCUGAUCGAAUCGGGUACGGCCGGCUACAAUGGCCAGGUGGAACUGAUCAAGCGCGGGUUGACGCAAUGCUACGAGUGCACUCCGAAGGCAGCUCAGAAGACAUUCCCCGGCUGCACAAUCCGGAACACGCCAUCGGAACCGAUCCAUUGCAUCGUUUGGGCGAAGCAUCUGUAUAAUCAGCUGUUUGGCGAGAGCAAUGAAGAUGAAGAUGUAUCCCCGGAUACUGCCGAUCCGGAAGCAGGUGCUGAGGCGGGAGAAAGUGCCCUCGCCGGAGAAGCCAAUGAGAAGGGAAAUGUGGACCGCGUGAACACACGGACCUGGGCGCAGCAGUGCGGAUACGACCCGGAAAAGAUAUUCAACAAGUUGUUCUACGAUGAUAUCAACUACUUGCUUAGUAUGUCCAACUUGUGGAAGAGUCGUACGCCUCCCAAUCCGGCCAAAUGGGACGCCUUGGAGGAGGGAGGUGAAGCAGCACCAACAGAUACGGUUCUACGUGAUCAGAAGGUGCUCAGUUUGACCGAGUCGGCCAAAGUAUUCGCGGAAAGCAUCACCGCUCUGAAGGAAGAUUUUGGCAAGCUGGCCGAAGGUGAUCACCUAGUUUGGGAUAAGGAUGAUAAGCACGCGAUGGACUUCGUAGCAGCUUGUGCCAACAUCCGGGCACAAAUCUUCAACAUCCCUCGGAAGAGUCGGUUCGAAAUCAAGUCCAUGGCAGGGAACAUCAUUCCGGCAAUCGCCACUACGAACGCCAUUACUGCUGGGGUUGUGGUGAUGCAUGCCUUCCGUGUCCUCAAGGGGGAGUUGGACAAAUGCAAAUCCGUUUAUAUGCGACUGCGGCCAAAUGCUCGCAAUCAGUUGUUCGUUCCAGAUCGUACGUUGAAUCCCCCGAAUCCCAAGUGCUACGUUUGCGCUGCUAAACCGGAAGUUACUCUUAAGGUGGACACAAAGAACGUCACCGUCAAGGAAUUGCGUGACGAUAUUUUGAUCAAAGCACUGAACAUGCUCAAUCCGGACGUAAUCCUCGAUGGUAAGGGAACAAUUGUCAUUUCUUCGGAAGAAGGCGAAACCGAUUGUAAUAACGAUAAGAAACUGGAAGAAUUGCAAAUUGUUGAUGGAUGUAUCCUGAAGGUGGAUGAUUUCGUGCAAAACUACGAAUUAACCGUUACCGUUAUCCACAAAGACCCUGCUCGAGAUGAGCCCAGUUUCGAUAUAGUUGCCGAUCCGGACUCCCUCAAGCCGAAAGAAGAUGAAGAUCAGAAAAUGGAUGACGCCCAACCGUCAACAUCCGGUCAAAAUGGAAAUUCGAAACCCACCACUUCCGGCAACGGAGCUGCCACUGCUGACGAUGAUGACGAUAUGUGCAUCGUCGAAGAAGAUGCUGAAAAGCCUAGCACGUCCGACGCGGGCGCCGGUCCAAGCACAUCCUCCGCUUCCGAGAAGCGGAAGAUCGAAGAUAGCGAGGGCCCAUCGACGAAGAAACCUCGUGUCUCCAACGACGAGGAUGAUGAUGAUGAUUUGAUCGUCAUCAACUAAAGUAGCAUUUUGGACGGUGAUGUACGGUAAGAAUGAAAUUUGAUGUUUUAUAUCCGUAGAUUUGUCAGAUCGCUUCGAACGAAACUCCGGUAUUGUAUCACUAAAGCUGGUAACUUGGCAAUGAACCUCUAUAAUAAAUGUAUCUCGUAAAAUUAA